AUGUCAAGUACAACAAAACGUCAUGUUACCAUUGAAGAAGUCGAAGAUAGUGGUGAUGAACAACAAUUGAAUCGAAAUCAAUCCUCUGGUCAACAGCAACCUUCUGCUUUUGUCUACGAUGCUUGCGAAUCAGCAAAACAAACCUAUGCUCCCUCGGAUCGAAAUGCUAGUUGGGAUCAAGUAGAGGAAGCUGAAGCUCGUGCAAGAAUUGAACGAGAAGGAGCAGAUGUGGAAUCGAAUCAAGAGCGUAAAAACGCCGAGCAAACAGCACAAAUGAUGGAUGAUUAUCUACAGGGUCAAAGACGCUAG